CGUGAUUGGUUUAGUUUAGAUUAUAAACUGACGCACAACAAAUUUACCGUUAUAGUUCUUUGUGGCGAGGAUCGUAACUCUACUCGCAACACAAAUUAUUAAGUCAGACUUAAGUUUUUAUUGAAAAAAUUCGUUCUUCUGAUAAAAUAAUAUAAGAUGCGUGAAUGUAUUAGUAUCCAUGUUGGUCAAGCCGGUGUCCAGAUUGGGAAUGCGUGUUGGGAACUGUACUGUUUAGAACACGGUAUUCAGCCUGAUGGUCAGAUGCCAAGUGACAAGACCAUUGGUGGAGGUGACGAUUCUUUUAACACUUUCUUCAGUGAAACGGGGGCUGGGAAGCACGUGCCCCGGGCUGUGUACGUGGAUCUAGAGCCCACGGUAGUUGACGAGGUUAGGACCGGUACCUAUAGACAACUGUUCCAUCCAGAACAGUUGAUAACCGGCAAGGAGGAUGCAGCCAACAACUAUGCUCGGGGUCAUUACACUAUCGGUAAAGAAAUAGUUGACCUGGUUCUGGACAGGAUCCGUAAGUUGGCUGACCAGUGUACGGGACUCCAAGGUUUCCUCAUCUUCCAUAGCUUUGGUGGUGGUACAGGUUCGGGAUUUACCUCCUUGUUGAUGGAAAGGUUGUCCGUGGACUAUGGAAAGAAGUCAAAGCUGGAGUUCUCUGUGUAUCCAGCUCCUCAGGUAGCGACUGCCGUUGUUGAGCCUUACAACUCCAUUCUGACCACUCACACGACCUUGGAGCACUCGGACUGUGCUUUCAUGGUGGACAACGAGGCCAUAUACGAUAUUUGUAGACGUAACUUGGACAUCGAACGUCCGACGUACACAAACCUGAACCGGUUGAUCGGCCAGAUCGUUUCUUCCAUCACGGCAUCUCUGAGGUUCGAUGGAGCCCUGAAUGUCGAUCUCACCGAGUUUCAAACCAACUUGGUGCCCUACCCUCGUAUUCACUUCCCCCUCGUCACUUACGCCCCUGUAAUUUCGGCAGAGAAGGCGUACCACGAGCAACUCACCGUUUCCGAGAUCACCAAUGCUUGUUUCGAACCGGCCAACCAGAUGGUCAAGUGCGACCCUCGACACGGCAAGUACAUGGCCUGUUGUCUUCUCUACCGAGGGGAUGUCGUUCCUAAAGACGUGAACGCUGCCAUUGCCGCCAUUAAAACUAAAAGAACCAUUCAGUUUGUGGACUGGUGUCCAACAGGAUUUAAGGUGGGCAUCAACUACCAACCACCCACUGUUGUCCCCGGAGGUGACCUUGCUAAGGUUCAACGUGCUGUCUGCAUGUUGUCCAACACCACUGCCAUUGCCGAAGCCUGGGCACGACUGGACCACAAGUUUGACCUCAUGUAUGCCAAGAGAGCGUUUGUACACUGGUACGUUGGGGAGGGCAUGGAAGAGGGGGAGUUCUCUGAAGCUCGAGAAGACUUGGCAGCACUGGAGAAAGAUUACGAAGAGGUUGGUCUCGACUCGACAGAAGGGGCAGAAGACGAAGGAGAAGAGUUCUAGAGUUUCUAUUGGGGGGGGGGGGGGUGAGUACCCCAAAUAUUUCGUUUAUGCUUUCAAUAAAGAUUCUGGCUUCCAUACUAUAUUCCAGUUUUAUGUUUCAGUAUUGCGUAAUAUAUGUACUUCCAAAACUGUAAUAAAGGAUUUUCUUGAGUUA